GUGCUGUCCAGUGAGAUGAAGACACAUGCAGCACCUCGUAUAAGAUUCAAUAAUGAAUGUAAACCACCUAGAGGAGAUAUGUGCAUUGAAAUACGAAAGUGUCCUUACUUUUCGGAACUCCUGGACAGCACACGAAUUCCCCGACCACGUCAUGUCAUCAAAGCAAUCAGAGAGCAACAGUGCGGUUUCAUCGCCAACGUGCCGAAAGUGUGCUGCUCGUUGCCGAUGGCGUCCAUCACCGACCAACCAACGGUUGUUUCCAUGAGCAAUUCUGCACACGCUGUUGAAGUGAGAACGCGCGAUAAUCCGCCGGAUGUGACUGGUCAUAAAAAUGUGCAUUUGCUACCAAACAAAGACAAUUGCGGGAUAAUCGGCAACGAUUUCAGAAUAACCGGUGGCUCACAGACCACCCCUGGGGAAUUCCCUUGGAUGGCACUCAUUGCCUAUAUGACAAAAGAUGGACUUGAUUUUCGAUGCGGGGGUUCAUUGAUCAACGAUCGAUAUGUGCUUACAGCUGCACAUUGCGUUCUAAAUAUGACUAUGGUUGGAGUAAGAUUAGGCGAACAUAAUAUUAAUCAACGACGAGAUUGUAAUGAUUCUUCCGGAAAAUGUGCCCCUCCCGUGCAGGACUUUUACAUAGAAGACUUGAUCGUCCAUUCUGAUUAUAUUCCAAGCACGUUCACAAAUGAUAUAGCAUUGAUUCGACUCGCAACGCCUGCAAAUGUUUCAUAUUCGAACGUUCAACCUGUCUGUUUACCACUCGGUGACCUUGCUACAUACAAUUUGGACAGGAAAUAUGCCACCGUUUCUGGUUGGGGUGUCACUGAAACAGGGUUCAAAAGUGCUGAAUUAUUAAAAAUCUCAGUACCUGUAAUAUCAUCCAGCGAUUGUCGAAAAAUCUACAAAAAAUACACUCCAAUCACCGAAAAACAGAUCUGCGCCGGCGGAUUGCAUGGCCGCGAUUCAUGCGGAGGCGACAGUGGCGGUCCUUUGAUCCAUGUCAAUUUGUUAGACGGAAGUCCCAGGUAUAUCCAACACGGCAUCGUCUCCUACGGUCCCAGACAUUGUGGCACCGAAGGCCAGCCCGGUGUCUACACGAGGGUAGCUCACUACAUGGACUGGAUUCUAGACAAUAUGAAAUUGUGCGCAGACUUUGUCUUUCCAGAAUGGGCUAUCGACGACUAUGGUUGCACAACGCCAGAUAGGAGUUCCGGUGUUUGCCAGCCGAUCCACAGCUGUAAACCCAUUGUUGACUAUAUAACCGCGGCGAAGAAACCCCUUUCGCAUGCGGAUAGAGGUUUACUUUUAAGCUAUCAAUGCGGCUUUGAGAAGAACACCGUCAAGGUAUGUUGUCCAGAAAAACCCAUUCGUGGUGGCGACACAGGAAGUCCGGAUACCCUCGACGCAAUAUCACGCCAUAAAAAUAUAAAACUCAUUCCGAUCGAUAACUGCGGUCCGUAUCAAAGUGAUGACAAAAUCCUGAACGGAAAUAUUACUGCGUUGUUUGAGUUUCCUUGGAUGGCGUUAUUGAGAUACAAUGACAAUGGCAGAGAUGCUGGUUUUAAAUGCGGCGGAACAUUAAUCAACAAGCGAUAUAUUUUAACUGCUGCACAUUGCAUUACAAACUUAAAAACAAAAACAUUGACCACAGUUCGUUUGGGAGAAUAUGACAUCAAAAUGGACAAAGACUGCGAAACUCAUUUCGAAGGUGAUACUUUAUGCGCUGACCCGGUGCAGGAUUUCACUGUUGAUGAAAUAAUCCCUCAUUCAAAGUACAGCAUUAAGACGUUCGAAAACGACAUCGGUUUGCUACGCCUAAACCGCGACGCAAACAUUUCUGUGGACAGUGUGAAACCAGUUUGUUUGCCAAUCGCGCCAGCGGUGCGAAACACCGACCUCAAAAAAGUUAUUGUCACCGGCUGGGGAAGAACAGAAAACAGUUUUCAAAGCAAUGUGCUGUUGAAAGUUGAUUUGCCCAUCAUGGCGCCUCAAGAGUGUCAGCAGCGAUACAGUCAACCACCCAUAAUGGCUACCAUCACCGAUAAACAGAUUUGCGCUGGCGGAGUUAAUGAAAAGGAUUCUUGCGGCGGUGACAGCGGCGGCCCGUUGCAGUUUGUCACUCAGUAUAAUAUGGAAGUACGUUAUGUGCAAUAUGGAAUUGUGUCAUUCGGGCCAAAUCCAUGUAGCACGCGCGGUUUGCCUGGCGUAUACACAAAAAUUACCAAGUAUUUGGAUUGGAUACUGGACAACAUAAAGCCGUAGUAAUAUUAGUACCAAAUGUGUUUGUUUAUAUUUUCGACAUUCUGACGAGAUUAUUAACUUUGAAGGCAUUCAAUUAUAAUUUAUUAAUUGCUCAAGUAA